CUAAACUGUUCCUGUGAGUCACAUGACAGCUCGCAAACCUCCUGACUCCUUUCUGUCGAUUGUUUUCUUACUCGGAUAUUAUUGCUAAAGGAAGAUGGCUGCGGAGAUGGAACCUCCACCACUGGGAGAUGCAGGACAGACUGACUUCAGGGAGAUAGAAGAUGGAGAAGGCCUUUUUGUCAGUACUGUCACUACGCUAGAGUCUCCAGAACCCUCAUCUCCAGACCCAGCCAGCAUGCCUGCAGAAGGCAUCAGUACAAACUCCAAUGGACCUAAGCAAGAAGACAUUUCAUUAGAUGAUGACCCAGAGGAUCUGUUUGCAGAAGCAACAGAGGAGGUUUCUCUGGACAGCCCAGAGAGGGAGCCCAUCCUGUCGGACGGUCCAUCUCCGGCCAUCACCCCAAUCACCCCCACAGCUAUGCUCACCCCCAGGAUGGGCCUGGGCACCGCUGAGAUGUUUGAGAGAUCCUUGGAUGAGAUUGAAGAGGACGAUAGUGGUGACAUCUUUGACAUGCAUAUAGCAGUGUCCGAUCCAGAGAAAGUUGGGGAUGGAAUGAACGCUUACAUGGGAUACAAAGUAACAACAAAGACCUCUAUGACAAUUUUCAGCAAGAAUGAAACAACUGUAAGGAGGAGGUUUAGUGACUUUCUGGGCUUGCACAGCAAACUAGCCUCCAAGUACCUGCAUAUAGGAUACAUAGUCCCUCCCGCUCCAGAGAAAAGCAUUGUGGGAAUGACUAAGGUCAAAGUGGGGAAGGAGGAUUUGUCUUCUGCAGAAUUUGUCGAGAAGAGAAGAUCAGCCUUAGAAAGGUAUCUGAUGAGAACAGUGAAACAUCCCAUCCUGCUGAAGGAUCCGGAUGUCAUGAUGUUCCUGGAGAGUUCAGAGCUGCCGAGAGCGGUUAGCACCCAGGCGCUGAGUGGGGCCGGAAUAUUAAGGAUGGUAAACAAAGCUGCCGACGCUGUCAACAAAAUGACAAUCAAGAUGAAUGAAUCGGAUGCGUGGUUUGAGGAGAAGCACCAGCAGUUUGAGAACCUUGACUUGCAACUCAGAAAACUGCAUGCUAGUGUGGAGUCUCUGGUCUGCCACCGGAAAGAGCUGUCGGUAAACACGGCAUCCUUCGCCAAGUCGGCAGCCAUGCUGGGGAACUCAGAGGACCACACAGCUCUGUCGCGGGCCCUGUCGCAGUUGGCCGAGGUGGAGGAGAAGAUCGAUCAGCUGCACCAGGACCAGGCUUAUGCUGAUUUCUACCUGUUCUCUGAGCUGCUGGGGGACUAUGUACGCCUCAUCACUGCAGUCAAGGGUGUAUUUGACCACAGGAUGAAGACUUGGUCCAAGUGGCAGGACACCCAGCUCUUGCUGCAAAAGAAGCGUGAGGCUGAGGCCAAACUCCAGUUCGCAAACAAGCCUGACAAGCUACAGCAGGCUAAGGACGAAAUCAAAGAGGAGAUUGAGGAGUUGGAGGGGAAGGUCCAGCAAGGUGAAAAAGACUUUGAGCUGAUUUCCAAAACCAUUCGAAAAGAAGUGAGCCGAUUCGAGAAGGAUAGGGUGAAGGACUUCAAAGUUGUCAUUAUUCAAUACCUGGAGUCGCUUGUGCAAACACAACAGCAGCUGAUAAAGUAUUGGGAGGCGUUCUUACCUGAAGCCAAAGCUAUCGCAUAAUAACUGGAUGGCCCGCCUUGCCUGCAUUUUUGCCAACCACAGCACCCCUGUCUGAUGAUCACACAUUUUCUUAUGUUUACGUCCAGAUCACGCCUUCAAGAGGAUGCACAGAGAAACUAAAUACACUUUUUGACAUGCGAAUUGCUCACCCUCCGCAGUUACCCUAUGAUUUUACCUGAAAGAAGCACCUGUCCUAUUUCUGUUGAGAGAUUAACCCCAUGAGGACUGUGAUAAGCCAGGGACUUCGCACUCCCUGUUUGAUCAAACACUACUACUACUCUGUCUUAUUUACUACCAGAAUGAUUUGUGGGUUUGAUAUUUGCCACCUAAUGUGCAAUGGUUGACGAUUUCUUUAAUAUAAUUUUUUGUUGUAUUGUUUCAUUUGAAGGCCUUGUUUCCCCCAAUAAAAAAAAAACUGUGAUCUUUUCUUUUCACUUUACAUUCCCGUGCUGCAAAUGUUUGAGUACUUUAAUUCUAAUAAAGGAAUGUAUCUCAGUGUUG